AUGAAUGUUCCCCCAUCAACCAUCUCGCACAAGCAAACACCAACAACAGCAACUCAACAACACCUUCAGUACAACAAUCAAAUAACGACCCGACCACAGCAAGGUCAACCUGUUUGUUCGCAACAAUAUGAAGCAAAUCGAAUUGCAGGAAAUGUUUCCAGAACCCAUGUAAAUAAUACACAUCCCCUCUUGGUCAAUCAAGACGUUUAUCAACAACAACAACAACUUCAACGACUCUCUCAACAAUCUUCAUGCUUGAUGACUCAUACACCUUCGGACUUGCAAACUUCAAGCCAUGCACGAAUGGACACAUCAUCGAACAACAUGAUCACCCCACAAGCAUUGAUCAUCCAAAACAUGAUCUUGCAAUCCCAAACCAACAACAGCCAUACCGCAACCACAACAAACGCUACACCAAAUCAAAGCCAUAGCACUGAUCGAAAUUGGCCAGACAGCAAUAUCCAAACUACUAUUUCUGGAAGUAAAAGCCCGUUUUUCUUGGUACCUACUAGUAACAACCAAUCGACGUCGUCAUUACCCACAACUCCAAGAAAAGUUUCCUCAAGCAGCAGUGGUAGUGGUGGUGGCAGUUCUGUUCGACCACACCCUUCUACAUCAACACCAUCAUUCUCACAGAAACAACAACUGUCAACAGCAAAUAUUCCGAGUACCCAGAUUCUCACCACUGCCACUCCCUCCCAACAACAACAAUCAUCUUCACAUCUGAUGCACCAGCCCUUGACGGAAGUUAUUUUUCCGCUUAACAACUGCACCACAAAAAUUUACGACACCCGACGCUCCACACCUCCAGCUCAUACUUCUGGUAACAAUAGUAACAACAACGAAAUUAGACGCAGUAGCACGAGCACCAAUCAUUUGUUCAUCAGUCAAAUUGGAGAUCAUACAAGCAGCAAUUAUAGCAGCAGUGGUGGUUUUAUGGGGUUAGAAUCAGUAGUUCCCAACAACAGCAAUAAUUUUAAUUUAAAUAAUAAUAUCAAUAGUAAUGAUUUAUACAAUUACCUAAAUUCAUCAUCAUCGACGUCCCAUGGUGGAUUUGUAAAUACCUACGUAGAUUCCAUGAACAUUGGCAUUGAAAGAAUGCAACAACAAAAUAUUAAUAUAUCAGGAUUGCUGAAUUCCAUGCUUAGCCAAUUGGCUCAGGACCACAAUAUAAACUCAUCAAGUAGUGCUAGUGGAUUUAACCCAACAGAUGCCACAACCAUUAAUACAUCAUUUCUCAGCAACAACCAAAACACCAGCCUUUCCCAAUCAAAUGCUGCACUUUCCGAAAUAGUUCAUUCUCCGAACAUUUUCAUCAACAACGAUAUGACCAGUAUUCCGUUAACUCUGUUUGGCAUCAACACCUCCCAACAACAUUCAUCUCAACAGCAACUUGGCGAAAAUAUGGGCAAAGACAUGAUUUUUACAACAACAACAGCCAAUAACCUGACAUUGGAUGCAACAACAAUGCAACAAUUUCAUCUUCCGCAAGCGGGCAUUCCUGUUACCUCCUACUCACAUAGCUUUCCAACUCCCACCAAUCCUUCUUUCAUCAAUACCUCCUCGUCAACACCAUUUACGAAUCCGUCGUUAAUGGAGAAUCCUUCAGACUCGGUUAAUUUAACUCCACAAUCUUUAUGCAAUUCAAGUACAGACCUACCGAAUCAAUUCGCAGUUCAAACCAAACGACCAAUCAAAUCUAGACGAACAGCAAAAUCACCGCAACACACCACAAUAGUCCCAACUAAUUUUCAUUCGUUUUCUAGUUCGAAUUCUAGCUCGAACACAGACUUGACUGCAGUAGGUCUUUCUUCAACGCUGAAUUCUCUCAACAGCUUAUUGCUCAAGAAAAUGGCUGUGGAUGUUUAUUAUGAUAUUACAAGUGCUGGACAUCCUUUUUUACCUAGAGAAGAGUUGGAAAGAUUACCCGUAAAUGACGACCAGAAAAACAACCUUGCCUUCAUGUUUUCUCUCCAAGCAUUAUGCUAUCAACGUUUUGGAAUGACAAAACAAGCUGCUGAUUCUUUUGAGAAGGCUAAAAGUCUGGCUUUAAUCUCUUCAAAUGACAGUAAUGUUUUUAAUACUGCUUGUACAUAUUGUAAUUUGGCCAUGUAUUGUAACUCAGGAGGAGAUAGAGAAAAUGGACAAAUAUUUUCCAAGUACAUCAAUUUUAAGAUGUUGGGAGAUCCCAAUUUUAGGGAACAUCAAAAUCCAGAACAGUUGAAGGCUCUUGUUCAGAUGAAAAAAAUUGCAGAUAUUGCAGGGGGUGUAGGAUAUUAUGGUGAUGACCCAGGUUUAAGUGAAGUCUCAAAACUAAUUCUUUCAAUUUAUCAAUAUGCAACUGGAGGAGAACGAUCAAUUCCUCCUGAAAUGAUGAUGAUUGCGAAACAGCCUCUAAACCUGGAGACUCUUCCUCAAUAUUUAAGUUUAUUGGAUUGUGUGAUGAAAUUGAUGCUCAUUUACGAAUCAAAAGGACAACAUUUUUCUCAGACUCAAAAAAAGAUGACAAAAUACAUUUAUUAUGGAAUGUCAUAUGGAUUGAAAAUACUUCUCCUCAAAAUUUCAGGCUAUGACGGUCCAGAGUUAGAAGAGGCUGCAGACAAAAUUACCCAACUCUGUAGAACAUCAACCUUCACCUUUGUUCCUGCAUUCUUAAUUGAGCCUGUAGGCCUAGCAAUGGGUGUGCAUUCCCAAAUACUAAAAAAGAUUGACAUAGGAGAAAGAAGUAAUGCAGAUGAGGCUAAAGUCUCAAGAUUAUUACGGAGAGAUAUUGAAGCCAUCAAACUUUUGAAAUUAAGAUAUCCUCUGAUUUGUGUAAAAUUUGAUACUCUUGUUGAAGAAUCUGAAAAGCUGCUAGAUAGAAGAGGUAAAUACUUGGCUGAGCUACUCGCUGGAGAAUUUUAUUCAUCGAAUCAAGGAGGUGUGACAAUUAUUGAGGAUGAACUUGGUCAGCUCAUAGAAGGAGAAGUACCUUCUUCUGGUUCUAAAAAGAGAAAGAACGAAGAUGAGGAAGACGAAUACUCAACCUCACGAGGUUAUUCUGCAAAUUAUGUCCCUCCAAAAACUCAAAUUCCUCCCAAUAUCAAUACUGCACAAGCUGCAUCAAGCACGCCUAAUCAAGGAAUUGGUAAUUUCACUUUUACAUCCAUUGGAGAUCAUGUAAUAUCAGGAAAUAGUAACGAUAUUGGUAUCCAUCCAAUAACAUUUUUAUCUGCUGAAGAUUAUGAGCUGUUAUUUGGAGAUGACGACACUGAUGAUGAGCAACCAUUUGAACUGUAG